CAGAAGUUUAUACUCUGGAAGAAGAUGGCUCUUCACCACCUGUGGAUCUUGCUCCUUUGCCUACAAACCUAAGGAUGAAUCUGUAAGUUUGGAGGUAUCUAAACUUAUCUACGUGGAAACUGGAAAAGAAAGAGGUGUGAACAAUCAGUUGGGGGGCUGAUGUUAGUAGAGGUCUGGAAGCAGCUGGAAGUGACACAGACAUCUUCAUGGUGAAUGGGAUUCUGGGGGAGUCAGUUACUUUCCCCUUAAAUAUCAAACAAUCACAGAAAGUUAUCAGCAUUUCUUGGAAUUCCAAAACAUCUGUCGCUUUUGUAACACCAGGAAACUCAGGAGCAGCACCCACAAUUUCCAUAACCCACCAAAAUUACCAUGAACGAAUAAAUGUCUCAAGUCAGAAUUAUAACCUGGAGCUCAGAAAUCUGAAGAUGGAAGACUCAGGGAUCUACAAAGCUGACAUAAAUGUAAAGACCUCUGAAAUGAUCACCACCACCACCAGGUGCUACAGUCUUCAAGUCUAUCGUCGGCUUGGGAAGCCAAAAAUUACUCAGAGUUUAAUGACAUCUGUGAAUAGCACCUGCAAUGUCACACUGAUAUGCUCUGUCGAGAAAGAAGAAAAGAAUGUGACAUACAGUUGGAGUCCACUGGGGGAAGAAGGCAAUGUCCUUCGAGUCUUCCAGACCCCUGACAACCAAGAGCUGACUUACACAUGUACAGCAUGGAACCCUGUCAGCAACAGUUCUGACUCCAUCUCUGCCCAGCAGCUCUGUGCAGACAUCGCAGUGGGCCUCCAUAUUCGCCACACUGGGCUGCUGAGUGGGCUGGCUGUGCUCUCUCUGCUUCUAAUCGUUCUACCUUCAGUGAUUGUGUUCCUUUUGCACAAAAGAGGACAAGGUUCCUACUUGAAGACCUUCAGUAAGAACCCUGAUGCUGCCUCAAAGAAAACAAUAUACACAUACAUCACAGUUCCAAGAGACAUCCAGACAGCAGAGCCCAGGAUCUAUGAUGAAAUCCCCCAAUCCAAGGUGCUCCCCACCAAGGAGGAGCCAGUGAACAUGAUUUACUCCAUAGUGAAGUACUCUGAUAAGAUGGGGAAAACCAACACUCAGGACAGCAAACCUCCUGGGACUUCAAGUUAUGAUAUCGUGAUCUAGGCUCCCAGAUGGAAUUCUCCCCAUGGAAACUGAUCUACAACCAUACCUACUGGCAGAUGCUCCAGACCUAGACUUGCUCUGCCCAGAUCUUACCUGGAGAUUGCAAAUCACCAGAUCCCAACAUGUAAGCAAA